AUGGACAGAUUAUUACUGAUUGUUGUAUUGAUCUUCUUAGUUUACUUUCCUGGCAAUAUUGAUGGAAAUGAAUGUUAUAAUUGUUUAAGUUCAUGUCCUGACCCAUUCAAUAAAACGAAUGCUAUAGUACUGGAAUCACCAUUUACAUGGUGUAUAAAAUUUAAAGCAUUAAAAGCUCAUGAUUCGGUAGUGAUUCGUUCUUUUGCACCGUAUGGUUUAUGUACUGAAAAUAAAUGUAAAUCAUCUAAUCAUAAUGAUAUCAAAGGAAUUAUGUGUUGUUGUAAUUCACAAUUAUGUAAUAAUUCAAAUACAACAACAAUCUCAUUAAGUUGUUUUAUGGGAUUAAUAAUAAUCAGUGCAAUGAAUUUAAUUCUCAAUGAAUGA